AUGAACCCCCCAGCUUCGACCCAAGCAGCGACGCUGCAGCGUUUCAUUUCCGCAUGGAAGAAAUGGGACGCUCACGAAUGGAUCUCGACCUUCUCUGAAGAUUUCCAACAAGUCACUCUCCCCCACAGCCUGAACAUACCCGUUCGUUCACGGAAAGAAGUGGAGAUUGUUCUGCCUGCUCUCGUUGCCACAGUCAAGUCCUAUCAGCUGCAAAUCAACCACGUCAUCCACGAUCCUGACAGCAACAAGGCGGCUAUAUAUGCUGCGUCUACGGGAAAGCUUCCGUGGGGAGACUGGAACCUCGAGUACUCGGCUUUCCUGGAGUUCACCGAAGACGGGGAGAAAGUUGCUCGGUUGGAGGAGAUGCUCGACACUGCGUUUUUGCAAGAUUUUGGUCCCAAAUUUGGAAAUUACUUGCAGGAAAAUGGGGGGCCUGUGGCUGUGGCUGCUCUGGGGCAGUAA